CGGAAACGCCACAUAAUCGCUCCGCGCGCGUCUUUCUCGUUUUCUGCGUAACCCUCAAAAAGAGUAGAACUGGUGAAAGUUGCAACCGAAGUAUUUGUUGUGUAGUAUACUAUGUGCUGGAAUAAUUAAUCGCGGUUUAUUAUAACGCCGUGCACUUCGGCCCCGUUGUCUGUCCAUUUCGCCCUGGAAGAGGAAGUUAAACCGCGCUAUUGUUUUUAAGGGGGUGGGCGUGUUUGCGUCUCUCUAGCGCUUGCUUUUUCUAAGGAUGGCGCUGAACGGCGAGGAGGAAAGCACGGUUUCUCUUGUGGACGUUUUGGAAGAGGAUGAUGAGUUAGAGGAUAUAGCCUACGCGGUGCUAGGCGCCAGCGAUCCGGACAAAUGCUCAUAUCCGCAGGGCUACGUGAAGAGACAGGCGCUCUACGCUUGCAGCACCUGCACCCCAAAGGAUGCCGAGCCGGCGGGGAUCUGCCUCGCCUGUUCGUACAAAUGUCAUGAAGGACAUGAUCUCUUCGAGUUAUACACUAAAAGAAAUUUUCGCUGUGACUGUGGCAAUGCGAAGUUUGGGGGACUGGAAUGUAAACUCUUCCCAGAAAAGGACAAAGUGAACUCCAACAACAAAUACAACCACAAUUUCUUCGGCUUGUACUGUACCUGCGACAGACCGUAUCCAGACCCAGAGGACCAGGUUCCUGAUGAGAUGAUUCAGUGCAUUGUUUGCGAAGACUGGUUCCACGGAAGGCACUUGGGCUGCACGCUGGCAGAGUGUGUGGAGCUGCAGGAGAUGGUGUGUGAGGUCUGCAUGAACAAGGCCCCCUUCUUAUGGAACUACGCUGAUCACAUUGCAGAGCCUCCGGUUACCAAAGUGAGCCCCUCCAAAGAAGAGGUGGAGGUAAAGGUUGACGACUCGGAUGAUAAGACGGAGGAUUCUGCAGGACCACACCCAUCCACCAGUAGAGGCCUGGAAGAAAAGGUGCCGACAGACCGGCUGUCUGGGUGCAAGAGGACGCACGAGCAGAUGGUGGAGCCCCCCUGCUCCGCGGCAGAGCAGUGCAAGCUAGAGAGGAUGAAGACCCAGGGCGUGUGCAGACCCAGGGUGGGGGCCGUCUUCUGGCCCUACGUGUGGCGCAGCCAGCUGUGCACCUGUAUCAGCUGCAAGCGUGCCUAUGUGGCGACCGGCUUGCCCUUCCUGCUGGAUGAGUCCGACACUGUCCUAGCCUAUGAGAACAGGGGAAGAUUGGAGCGGGGGGCAUGUGACCCACUGCUGACGGCUCUCAACGCUCUCAACCACGUCCAGCAGCUGGAGGUCAUCUACGAAUUCAACGACAUGAAGGCAGAGUUGAAGGACUACCUGCAGAGGUUUGUGGAAGAAGGAAAGGUGGUGGCACCGGAGGACAUCCAGCAGUUCUUUGAGGAGCUGCAGAGCCGGAAACGACGCCGGACCAACGUGAGCCAGUAUUACUGCAGCUGAGGCAUCCCUGCUGCCCGCCAGCCCCCUUGCCAGAGGAUGCCAUCUGCCCAUGCACGAGCGCUGCCAGCUGUACAUCCCAUGAUACACCCUUUAUGUUGCUAGGAAAUAAAAUUAAAAAUUCGAUUGACCAAAGAGAAGGUGUGAGGCCAUGUUAAAGCUGCCUCAAGGGUACCAUGGAAACAGCGUGAGGCUGGGCUGGUGCUGAGGCAGCCAGGGGUCUCUGCGGUGACGUUAGUCUCUGGCACCACUGGCUGCCUGUCCUGGCUUCUCCGGGCUGAGAUGAUAGUAUGUGACUGUUAGCUAAGCUGGACAGGAAGCCAGUCUGUCACAUAUCUAGGAUUGCCAGCCAGUGCUUACAUAUUCAUUCAUGUUCUCUUUAAAGCUUAAGGAGAAUUAGUUAAAAAAAAAAAAAAUUCAUGUCCAAGCUGUUUUUUUUGUCUUGCGUAAUAAAAGGACUGGUUUGUUUUUAUGCUA